AUCUAUAAAGACUAAAACCUGAACAUCUGUAACACCCCUCUUUUUCCCCCAUUAUAUUCACAUUCAGUCAUUCACACCACACCAAUUAGGCAAUUAAUUCACAAGAGCAUCUUUCUCUUCUUCCUUACUACACACAAAUAUGUCGACAGAAGUUGCGGCGGAAGUUGUGGUUGCGCCGCCAGCAAAUGAUGCGGAAGAAGGAACAAAACAAUCCCACAAAUUAGAGAGAAAGUGGGCUUUUUGGUUUGAUACUACUAAACCCAAACAAGGCGCUGCUUGGGGUUCCACUCUUAAAAAAGCUUAUACCUUUGACACCGUUGAAGAGUUUUGGUGCCUUUAUGAUCAGAUAUUUAAGCCCAGCAAGUUAACAGGAAACGCUGAUUUCCAUUUGUUCAAGGCGGGAGUUGAACCAAAAUGGGAGGAUCCUGAAUGUGCAAAUGGAGGCAAGUGGACUGUUUCUGGCAGCAGAAAGACUAAUCUCGAUGGAAUGUGGCUUGAAACUUUGAUGGCUCUAAUUGGGGAGCAGUUUGAUGAAGCUGAUGACAUAUGUGGGGUGGUUGUUAGUGCGCGCCAGAGGGGAGACAAGCUUUCAUUGUGGACUAGAAAUGCUACCAAUGAGGCUGUCCAGAUGAGCAUCGGAAGGAAAUGGAAAGAGAUUAUUGAUGUUACCGACAAAAUUAGUUACAGCUUCCAUGACGAUGCCAAAAAGGAUAAAUCUUCCAGAGGCAGAUACAGUGUGUAAGAACCUGUAUCUCUCCUUGAGCAGUUUGCUAUGAGGGUAUUGGAAAUUUGAUACUCACUACAACACUUUACCCUUCUUCCGGCUGCUCAGCUUCAAAUUUUGGUGGCUUGUCUGUUUUAUCUCUUUAUUUUGCACUGUUAUCAUUACUUAAAUUUUGGAAAUGAGCUGCCUACUCAAUCUUUGGUUUAGUCCAUAAAUAUAUAUUUCUUGCGACUUGUGACCUCUUUUUUCCGUUGUUGAUGAACUAAUGCUUAAUGCAUAUGUGAUACAUACAGAAUUGGGUUUGUGCACUUUCAGAAAGUUUUUUGCUCUGAGGCUUAUGUUACCCAUGUAAGCUUAAUAGUGUUACAAGUUGGAUGAAUGAAGCAACUUUUAAGACUUGUUUAACGUA